AUGAAGCUGAAGGACAUUAAGGAAAAGGUUCAGAAGAAGUGGAAUGUUGGGGUCAACAAAACCAAGGCUAUAAGGGCUAGGUUUGCAGCCAGAGACAUGGUUGAUGGGUCAUUUCUAGGGGAUUAUACAAGGGUGUAUGACUAUGCACAUGAGUUACUAAGAUCUAAUCCAGGUUCAACUGUUAAGGUUUGUGUCCAGCCUGCACAAGAAGGUUCAACUGUUGAGAAUUUACAUUUCAAGAGGUUGUACAUAUGUUUGGCAGCUUGUAAGGAGAGCUUCAAGUUUAGCAGACAUUUCAUAGGACUUGAUGGAUGUUUUUUGAAAGGCUUAUGUGGAGGUCAAAUACUUGCAGCUAUUGGCAGAGAUCCCAAUGAUCAAAUGCUACCAAUCGCAUUUGCAGUUGUUGAAAGUGAAAACAAGGAUAGCUGGACAUGGUUCUUGGAGCUGCUUAUUGAUGAUCUUGGUGGGAGGGAAGAGUGCCUCACAUACACUUUCAUUUCUGAUCAACAAAAGGGGUUAUUGCCUGCAAUGGAGGAACUUCUUCCAAGAGUUGAACAGAGAUUUUGUGUUAGGCAUCUAUACAACAAUUUUAGGAAGAAGUAUGCUGGAAAAAAACUAAAGGAGAUUAUAUGGAAAGCAGCCAAGUCAACUUACUACCAAGCUUGGGAGAGAGAGAUGAAAGUAAUGAAAAAGGUCAAUGUAGAAGCAUACAAGCACAUGAUGAGCACUCCUCCAAGAUUUUGGAGCAGAUCAUACUUCAAAACUCAUAACAAGUGUGAUGCUGUACUGAACAAUAUGUCAGAAGCCUUUAAUAGUGUCAUAUUGGAGUCAAGGGCAAAACCAUUGAUCACCAUGGUGGAAGAGAUUAGGGUAUACAUGAUGGAAAGGUGGGCAACAAACAGGAUGAGGUUUCAGAAAUUAGAAGAUGUUGAUGUGUUACCAAACAUUAAGAAGAAGAUUGAAAAAACAAGUUCAUACACAAAUACGUGGCUUGUAAGGAUGUCUGAUGAGUUUAUAUUUGAAGUGAGGAAUUUGGAAAACAAUGCUGAAAAAUUUACAGUCAAUCUGAAAGAUAGGACUUGUUCAUGUAGAAGGAAAUCAAGAUAUAUGCAAGUGAACCAGCCAGUCAUUUUUCCAGUCAAUGGCUCAAACCUAUGGGAGAGGACAGAGUACCCUGAUGUUCUGCCCUCUAAAUUUAGGAAAAUGCCAGGAAGACCCAAAAAAAGGAGGAAUUUGGAACAAGGUGAACUGGAUGGCACAGAUAGAAAGAUGAGAAGAACUGGCUUCAUUGUGAAGUGCAGUAGAUGCAAGAAACAAGGACACAACAAACUUACUUGCAAGGUACCAUCAACUACUGUACAAGCAGCUCCAUCACAAGCAUCUCCAUCUCAGACUACUUUUGUACAAGUAUCCCAAGCAGCUCCUUCAGCUCCAUCACGGUCAUCUCAAGCAGCUCCUUCACAAUCAUCUCAAGCAGCUCCAUCACAAUCAUCCCAAGCUCAGAAGACUACUCCAAAAUCAGCCAAGAAGACUACUCCUAAAGCAAAGAAGUUGGCAGUUAGAAGGCCAAAUGCCCCUUUUAUCCCACCUGGUCCAACCACAAGGCUGACUACUGCAAAAACAGCUAUAGGUCCAACAACAAGGAGGACAACACCUACUAAAAGGGCCACACCAAAAUGGAAACCAUAG